AUGUCCGCCUUCCUGAUCAACCUCAACCUGCUGAAGGAACUGCUCGGCUUCAUCAAGGUCCUUGAGUGGUUUGCUUCCAUCUUUGCUUUUGACACCUGUGGAAGUUUUAAGGGCAAAACAGAAAUUCAAGUGAAUUGUCCUUCAAAAGCAGUAAAGGAAAAUAAAACCAUUACUGCCACUUUUGGUUAUCAAUUCCAGUUGAAUCAGGCAUCAUUUCAGUCGUCUCCAAAUGUAAAUAUGUGUGAUGUAGUUUGAAAAAACCAUGUCCUCUCAGGAGAUUACUCUUCUUCUGCACAAUUCUAUGUCACAUUUUCAGUCUUUGUGUUCCUGUAUUGCAUUGCUACACUUCUUUACAUUAGUUACACAAAUCUUUAUUGGGAGAGCUGUAAACUUCUCAUGAUUGACUUUGUUGUUACUCUCAUUGCCACUUUUUUAUGGUUAGUGAGCACUUCGGCCUGGGCCAAAGCGCUUACAGGUAUAAAAAAUACUAUUGGCCACAAUAUUGCUCAGGAACUUCAGCUUGGCACGGAGCUGGAAGUGCUAUGUUAUUAUGGCUCGGUGACUAAUAUGGGAUCUUUAAAUAUGUCUGUGAUCUUUGGCUUUCUGAAUAUAAAAAUUUGGGGAGGAUAUGCUUGGUUUGUGUAUAAGGAGACCAGUUUACACAGUCCAUCAAAUACUUCUGCUUCCCAUGGCCAAGGACGUAUUCCACCUUCUACUGGAAUAUAAGUAAAGGGAGAAAUACACUGUAUAAAAUAUGUCUAUACUCUGGCUUGUUGCCAACAUCUUGAGAAACAUUAUUUGUUUCUAAUAAAAGUAAUG